CCUAUGAUCUUUGUGGAGGUGGAGUUGUCGGGCGAUAAUACCAAAGAAGAAUUGACGGGUGCUUUGGAGAGGUUUCUGGGUAGGUUGUAUAGUGUAGGCUGUAUAGUAAGGGAUAGGAGGAGGAGGAGGAGGAGGCAGGUGAGGAGACGAAGGAGCAUCUCGGAGUGAUGCAGAAUCCUGCGGUACCGAUGAUUCAGGGAAUGGGGAAUGGGUUCCCUAUGAUGGGAACCAAUCAGCAAGGAGGAGUGUCUUGUUAUUUGUGUGGGAAAACGGGACAUUAUGCGCGGAAUUGUUGGGCGGGUGGGAACGGCCGACCACCACCAGCGCAGCCAACAGUCGCGUCCGCAAUAGGAGACGAGGAGACUCGGGAAUUUCGAGAGUACUUACGUGAGAAGAUUAAGAAAAAGAAAUUAGAAGAGGAGAGGAGGGAGAGAGAAGAGGAGGAGAGAAGGAGGAGGGAGGAGGAAAACAGGAAGGAGCAGGAGAGAUUGAGGGAGGCGAAAGUGAGAGAAGCGAAGCUUGAGGCAAGGCUGGUGAAGCUUCUCGCUCAACACAAUAAGGUAGGGGUGCAGGGUAGCUCUUCGAUUUCGAAGAAAAAAUCGCUGCGGACAAAGGCAAGAGUACUAAGGGAGAUAACGAGCUACCUCGAGGAAUCUGAAGAUGAUAGCGAGGAGGUUAGGGAGGAAGCUGGAAGAUUAGUAGCGGCCAUCGAGAGGAGGAAGGGGAAGAAGAGGGUGACCGAUGAUGAAGCGAGAGUCUCUAAGAUCAGGUGUGUGAAGAAGGGAAUGAGGGAGGAUCCGGUGAAGAUUGAAGAAGAAGAAGAGGAGGUUCGUACACCUCCACGAGACCAGAAUGGUGAAGAAGAACAAGAGAUUCUCGAUUUCGCCAUCGAAUUGCAUCGGUAUCUCUCCGAGAAGAAAGUCCCGGAGCUUCAGAAGCUGUGUAACCGGGAAGGAAUAGAGUGGUCGAAGAGGGAUACCGCCAUCGGCGAGCUGGUAAAGUGCAAGGCCAAAUUGGCAUACGGCGAAUUCGCGGAGAAAGGUAAAGGAAGAGGUCCCGAAGUGAAACGGAAGAAGAGGAGGAAGGGAAAGAGGGAGAGGGGAAGGAGAAAGUUCAACGCAUUAGGAGGAGUAUUGUUGAAGUUUAAUGAUCAAGUGUCUCUCAUUGAAGUGGUGAAGGAGAUGGAGGGGAAAGGGGGUGACCGAUGGAUCACAUCAACUGGGGGGGAUAUGUGGAUAAACAGAUGGAGGGUGGUGAGGAGGAAGAUAGAAGAAACGACAUUAUGGGUGGACGGGAAAGAAGCUCCUAUCAAAGCGUGCAAAUCUUUACUGGAGGAGGGGGGAACGUAUCAGGUAGGAAAGGUAGCGAUCAUGCCCUCAGGCAUUGAGCAUAGGAAGUUCGUGCUCAGAGAUGUACUUCGACAGCCAUGGAAGGUGAGAGGGCUGUAUAAGAAACGGGCGCAGGAGUUGAUAGCAUUGUUCAGGACCGGAUCACGGUUCGGUCACAGGAAGACUCGGAACCGGAUCAAGAACGUGGUCAAUCGGGUUGUGAGAAGGAAGUUCGGUGCAGAAAUAAGGAGGCGACCAUGUGUGAAGGUUCCGUUCUCUCCUGAGCUAAAAAUGGGGGAAAUAAGGGAGGUGGCAGGAGAGAUGAUUCGGGGAGGAGGAUUGGAUGUGCACGUUGCCGGUUUCGUUGCAGGACGGGUGAGAGUGGUUACGACAAAGAAGGCCUCGGUCGGGAUGCUUCUACAUAAUCCGUGGAAAUAUGCGGAGAUGGAGGAAGUUUUUUGUUCCUGUGAAGGCAUGCAUCUGCCCAGGUAUGAUGACCACGUUCGAGUGAGGCUUGAUGACAUAAGUGAGUUGCCUCGAUUUAUUUGGAACUCGCGGAAUGUUACGAAGGGUGAUGCCAUGUCCCCCGCGAAGCUGGAAAAAUGUAUCUGGGAAGGGGUGAGAGAGUGGGUCAUAGAGAAUCCAGGUGUCACAACGAGGAUGGCUGGGUGUUACAAGCAAGGGAGAGAAUCGAGAUCUGAAGCGAUGUCAGCAACCGAGGUGCGCAGAGUGUUUUCUUGUUACAGCCGGCUCGUUGCAGUACCGAUAGACCGAAAUCCGGGCACGACUUUGCUGAUCUGCCCGGUUGCCUAUCAUUAGGCAUGUAAGGAGACGUUUAUGAGGAAUCCAAACUUCUGUGUAGUACCUAAGUCUGAAGACGAAGUACUCAAAGGGAUGAAGAGAGAUUAUGAGCAGAUGGGGCUGACAAAGGUUGCAAGGUGGCAAUCCGGAGGGAAGAUCGGCCUGGCGUAUGUUAUACCGAAGGACAAGGAUUUGCAACGAUGGAGACCGAUUUCUCCGAGCACAUCGGAUCCCUCCAGGCUUGCAGCAUCUCGAGUCGGUCGAGCCAUUCGGUAUAUGCUGUUUGGUGUGUCGAGGAAAUAACACUUUGAUUUGAAAUCAAUGGAUGAAGUGGCGAAACGAAGUAAGACCAUU